AAGUUUAUCUUAAAAUGUGAAAGGGAGAGAAUAAGGUGUGGAGCAGAGUACUGCGAACAGAGUUUGGGGCAAAAGAGUCUCCCACUGAGAUGGAGUGGUGGGUAUCAAUACCAAAGGUAGAAUUGCAUGCUCACCUCAAUGGAUCCAUCAGAGACUCCACACUUCUAGAACUUGCUAAAGCUUUGGGUGACAAGGGUCUCAUUGAUUUCUCCCAAGUGGAACAUGUUAUCCUUAAAAAUGAUCGUUCGUUAACUGAGGUAUUCAAGUUGUUUGAUGUUAUCCACAUUCUCACUACUGAUCACACCAGUGUUAAAAGAAUUGCCAAAGAAGUUGUUGAAGAUUUUGCAUCAGAGAAUGUUGUGUAUCUGGAGUUGAGAACUACCCCAAAGAAAAAUGAUUCCCUAGGAAUGAGCAAACGCUCCUACAUUGAAGCUGUUCUGGAAGGUCUAAGAGCGGUCAGUUCAGUUGAUGUGGCUUUCACUCCUUACAGUGAGGAGCUUACAAGUCUUUCAAAUCCUGUACUCUCUGUCACAAAUGAUAUUUGUAAUGGGAGUAUGAGGAAAAAAAUCUUUGUUAGGCUUCUCUUGAGCAUUGACCGUAGGGAAACAGCAGAAGCGGCAAUGGAAACUGUCAUGCUUGCACUGGAAAUGAGGUCUUUUGGGGUUGUUGGAAUUGACCUCUCUGGGAAUCCAGCUGUUGGUGAAUGGAUUACGUAUUUGCAAGCAUUGAGAUUUGCUCGAGAACAAGGUCUUUAUGUAACUCUUCACUGUGGAGAGGUACCUAACUCAAAGGAGAUACAUGACAUGCUUGACUUUCUUCCCCAUAGGAUUGGGCAUGCUUGUUUCUUUGAUGAGGAACACUGGAUAAAGCUCAAGUCCUCCAACAUUCCGGUUGAACUUUGUCUGACAUCGAACUUUAGGACAUUGUCCGUUCCAUCAAUAGAUGCUCAUCAUUUUGGGGAUUUGUAUCAGGCAAAGCAUCCGGUAGUCCUCUGUACUGACGACUCAGGUGUGUUCUCUACCAGUCUCUCCAACGAAUACAAAAUUGCUGCUGCUUCAUUUGGCCUUGGAAGGAAGGAAAUGUUUGAGCUAGCAAAGAAUGCUGUCGAGUUUAUAUUUGCAGAUAUUCUAGUAAAGGAGGAUUUGAGAAGAAAUUUUAAUUUAGCAGCAAAGAAUCUGGAACUGUAAGUACAAUUUCAUGUAGUGAAAAAAAAUUGGUCAUCAAUAAUGAGUUAUAAUUUAAAAUUGUUGAUCAA